GGCUGCCCCCGCCGCCGUGCGCAUGCGCGGGGGAGGCGCCCGCGCUGCCCCCUCCUCUUCCUGGCGGGGCCGGACCGGGACCGGGGCAGGGGCCGGGGGCCGGGGGCCGGGCCGGGACCGGGGCCGGACCGGGGCGGGGGCCGGGCGGACCCACACCGGCGGCUCCCACCGCGCCGAGCCCCCGGGCCGCUCCGCCGCCGCCGGGCGCCGCGCCGGGACCAUGAACCCAGGCGCGGGCUGAGCCUGUCCCCGCCGCGCAGAGACCUGCCUGGCUCCGCCGCGGCACCCACCCUGGGCGCCGCCGCCCGCCCGGCCCGCGCCUGACGCCCAGACGUUCGCCGAGAUGAGCAGGCAUCGGCGCGACGCGGGGGCACAAUGAACAGCAGCGAUGAGCGCGCCGGAGCAGACCGACCCGCGUGCCCGCCGGCCGGGCCCGUGCCCGUGGGCUGGGAGCGCAAGGUGGAGGAGGGCUGCGUGCGCUACAUCAGCCCCAGCGGCACGGCGCUGACCUCGCUGGAGCAGACGCGCGCCUACCUCCUGGCCGACGGCACCUGCAAGUGCGGCCUCGAGUGUCCGCUCAACAUGCACAAGGUGUUUAACUUCGACCCGGGGGCGGCGGUGGCCGGGCGAGGGGCCCCCGGGGCCCAGGGCCAGCAGGACAUGACCAAACUCUGCAACCACCGCCGGAAAACGGUGGCCAUGGCCACGCUGUACCGCAGCAUGGAGGGCGCCCCGGGCCCCGGCUGCCGCCGCCCCGGCACAGGUCCCGGCUUGAGCCCGCUGUUCCCGGCGGGGGGGCGCCCGGCCGUGCCCCCCGGCGUCCCCCCGCCCGGCGCCGGCGGCACCUUCCCCAGAGCCCCCGCCAGGGCGAAGACCCCCGAGGCCGCCCCCGCGGGGGACCGGCUUGGCCCCCCGCCCUUCCCGCGGCCCCGCGACGUCUUCCCGGGGGCCAACGGCAGCCCCGAGAGCCGCCCCCCCCCGCCGCCGCCGCCGCCAGCCCCCCGCUUGGGCCGCCGCCUGCCCCCGCCGGACGCCCCCAGGCCCCCCCAGGCCGAGGACGCCCGGAGCCGCCGUGCCGCGGGCAGGACCGGCGCCCGCACGGCACCGGCACCGGCACCGUCACCGGCGGGGGCGGCGGGGAGCCCGGCGGAGCCCGGGGGGCCGUGCGCGGCGGCCGCCAACGGUGCCCCCCGGGCGGGCAAGGACGAUUCCCCCGUCAGCGGUGCCUUAACCAACCAAAGCAGCAAUAACCCGCCAGUGCCCUUAGACGCCGUCCCCGAGGGCCGGGGCCUGGCGGGGCUGCCGCCGGCGGGCCCCCCCUUCCCGGCGAGCAGCCUGCUGAGCGCCGCCGCCAAGGCCCAGCUGGGCGCCCCCGCGCCCCCCCCUAGCACUUUACCCCCCCGCCCGCUCGCCCCCGACGCCCCGCUCCCGCCGGCGGCGGGCAAGGCGGCCCGGCGGCCCCGGCGGCCGGAGCCCGAGGACGCGGCGGCCCCCCGGGUGCCCCCCGCCGCCGAGCCCGAGGGGCCCCCGGCGCCCGGGCAGCCCCUGACGGCGCUGCUGAGCCUGCUGGGCGCCCAGGGGGGGCCCGGCGGCCCCCCGGCCCCCCUGCCCGCCUGCCAGGACGUCAACGGCCAGCUCCUGGGGCUCUUCGGGCAGCUGGCGGCCUCGGCCGAGCCCACCUCAGGGACCCCCCCGCAGCCAAAAGCCCCCGGCCACAGCGGCGCCCCAGGUGCCGCGGCGUCUCCAGCCGUCACCAAAGGCCCCCCGGCCCUGGGGGCCGGCAGCGGCGGGGAGGAGGCCGCCGGGGGGGCGCUGGGCUGCCCGCCGCCCCCCCCCGCCGCCGAGCCCGCGGCCUUCGCGGGGCAGGAGCAGGCGCCGGCCCUGGGCGGCUCGCUGCCGCCGGGGCUCCUCCUGGGCACCCUGCCCUUCUCGGUGGCCCUGGGCCAGCACCCGCCGGCGCCCGGCGGGGACCCCGAGGGGCCGGGCCUGCCCUCGCUGCUGGCGGCCUCCCUGCUGCCGGGGCAGCCCCCGGUGCCCCUGCUGCCCCUCGGCGUCCCCCUGCCCGCCCUGGACCUGCUGCCGCCGCCGCCGCCGGGGGCCCUGCUCCCGGCCCUGCUGCCCCUGGCGCCGGCGGGCGGGAAGGGCCCCCCCGAGGGCUACGCGGCGCUGCCCGACGGGCCCCUGCUCUUCUCGGCGCUGCCCGCCUCGCUCGCCCUCGAGCCCGCGCUGCUGGCCGCCGGGCUGGCCCCCCCCGAGAGCUCCCCCCCGUCCGGCCUCGCCAGCCCCCCCGCGGCACCUACCUCGACCGGCGCCCCCCCACGACUACUGAGGCCCCCCGCGGGGAGGGCCGGGCCCCCGACGGCCCCCCCGGCCCCCCGGGGCGCCUCCACCCGCUGGGGCCCCAGCUGGGCGGCUCCCUGCUCGGCGCCACGCUGCUGGGCGACCUGCCGGCGCUGAGCCCCCUGCUCCAGAGCCAGCCGCUGCUGCCGCCGCUGGGGCUGCCGCUGGGCCCGGGCCAGGCCCCGCUCCUGGGCCCCGCCGGCCCCCUCGCCUGCCUGCUCCAGGGCCUCCAGCUGGGCCCCGGGUUCGGCCCCCCCGAGAAGCCGGCGACGCCGUCGGGCCCCGGCGCCGGGGGCCCCCCCAGCCCCCCCGCCCGCCCCGAGGGCCCCCCAAGUGCCUUAGAGCCCCCCGCGCCGAGCCGGGCCG